AUGGCCAUCGGUAUCUUCGGCCUCCUCGAGGUCAUGCUCAUCUUCAUCAACGCCAUCGCCAUCCUCAACGAAGACCGCUUCCUCGCAAAAAUCGGCUGGGGACGCCCUGUCGCCGACCCAUACGGUCAAGAAUCUGUCAAGGCCAGACUCGUCAACUUGAUCUCUGCCGUCAGGACAUUAACGAGAAUCCCUCUGAUCGGCCUCAACAUCGUGGCAAUCCUCUACCUCGUCAUCCUCGGAUAA